UCAAACUGAAGUAAACCCAGUUAAUAUAAAGGAAGCAAUCGACUAUUGUGCGUUAGCAUGGAAUGAAGUGUCAUGUGAAACAAUUAAAAACUGUUGGCGUAAAGCAGGAAUCCUUCCAGCUGACGAUAAUAACUCACCUCAACAAGAUAUUUCACCAUACAAUGAAUAUCCAGCUUAUGAACAUCUAGAUGAUGAAAUUGAAGUUCAUAAUCUUAUUGAACAACUUCCAAUUAAUGUUAAUGAUCUUUUAUCUGCCUCAGAAUAUAUAAAGAUUGAUGAUAACCUAUCUACAACCGAAAUACCUUCAAACCAAGAAAUUUUAACCAUUCUUCAAGAAGACGAAGAUGAAGAUGCAAGUGAACCCGCAAUUCAAAUUCCACUUAAAACAGUAUUGGAAAGUUUAGAGAACGUAAGAUUGUUAUUGUUGAAUCCACCAGAAACCUUACGUAUUGAAAAUGAGGAUUCAAAG